AGGGGCAUAAUAUGUCACCUUUAAAUAAAGAGUCAAAUAAAGCCGAGCGUGAAGAUGCUGACAGAUAUGCAGGGGACUGUAGUCGAUGUGUUGCUCUGGUUGUGUGUUUCAGACGUGGUGUAUGUGGGCACCAUCCACACUCAUCAUCUGGCGGUGGGUGUUCUCUUCAUGAACGCUCAGAAGAACGUUCUGUGUGAGAAACCGCUGGCCAUGAACCUGAAGGAGGUCCAGGAGCUGAUCGCCUCGGCCGAGAAGAACAACGUCUUCCUCAUGGAGGCCGUCUGGACGCGUUUCUUCCCGGUGUCGCUGGAGAUCGGUCGUCUGCUGUCGCGGGGCGAUGUGGGCGAGGUGAAGGUGGUGCGAGCGGAUUUCGGCGUUCCUCUCACACAUGUGCCGCGCACCGUUCAGAAGGAGCUCGGAGGAGGAGCGCUGCUCGACAUCGGCAUCUACUGCAUACAGUUUGUGCUCAUGGUGUUCAACGGAGAGAAACCGGAGACCAUUCAAGCGACCGGAGUCUGUCUGGACACUGGUGUAGAUGAAGCGAUGGUCGUCACGCUGAAGUUCUCAGGACAGCGUUUGGCCGUCUGCACCUGCACAAUCACCGCCGAGCUUCCAAACGAAGCCGUGAUCGUCGGGACCAAAGGCACCAUCAAGGUUCCGGCUCACAUGUGGUGCCCGACGUCUCUGAUGGUGAACGGUGUGGAGACUCAGUAUCCGGUGCCGGAGCCGUCUCUGCCGCCGAACUUCAUCAACAGCACCAGCAUGUGCUACGAGGCCGAGGAGGUCCGCCGCUGCUUACUCCACGGUUUGAAGGAGAGCUCGCGCAUGUCUCACACAGACUCUGCGCUGCUGGCUGAGAUCAUGGAUGAAGCCCGGCGGCAGGUGGGCGUGGUCUACAGCCAGGACAGCCAAUGAGCUUUCAGCUGACACCGCCGCUCAUAUCAUCACCUUUACAAUAGGUCAAUAAAGGUUUCUGGUGCUCUUACAGCUUUUCUUUUGUAUUGAUGCAACCACAAAAUAGAACCAGAGUUUUUAUUCUGUUGACAUCGUGUGUGUUUCUGUUUUCACUCGUCUCAUCUGCAUUCAGUCAGAUUUCUCUACAAUAAACCACCUCCUGGUUAAAGACUAAUUCUAAUUCUG